CGACUCCAGUGUUAAUGUAUAUUGUAAACUUGAAGCAUACUGGCAGGCAAAUCACGUCGCUAUUCUCUCUCCUCAAGGCUGUUGGUAGAGACACAUCCCCUCUACGGCGUGAAACUUGAAGUCAGUCUGUCGGCUUACGCGAAUCUUUGAAAGCAAUCCAAUCCUGAAUCCGCUCGACCUUCAACCCCACCGCACAGCUGUUCCGCAAACCAAACCAAACCACCUCCGGCGCCGGCAAAUGGCUUUGGCCACCUACUUCCCCACCGUCGCGACGCUGACCCGGAUCUCGUCCUCAGGCUCUAUUGUACCACCGGGACCCGGCUGUGGGCACAAACUUCGUGUCCUGCUUGAGCAUCCGCGUCUCGACUCCGAAGCAAUUGCUGGACCCUCGAUAUCUGCGCCCAAAACCUUGAAUUUCCAGAUUCAUGAUUGGGUGGAUUGAGUUUGUCAAGGCUUUGUCAGUACACUUGCGAUGGGGAAUACCCAUCUGGGGAAGUUAGGGGGUUUUCCCGGUGUGCAAUAUACCUAGGUACAAUAUAUAUCGAACAACGCUAGGACGAUUGAUGUACAUACUGUUUAUACUGUUAGGUCUUCGCUGUUCGUACGUGGUCUUUCUUGGAUUUGGGUCAUAUUUGAUGCCCAGCUCGCCAACGCCAGUGCUGUCUUCCGUCCCCUUGGUCUGGUCUUUUGGGAGUGAUUCUCAUUCCCAGAUCCUAUGUCGGACACUCAAACUCUCGGUGUCGCCACCAAUGGCGUGCCCGAGGUAUCUUCCAAGGUGAUAGAGACACCACUGCUCAUAGUCGGGGCAGGACCAGCAGGUGCAUCAUUGGCGUGCUUUUUGUCUCAUCCGCCCUAUUCAAUGACAGGCAUCCUGAUCUCAGCGGCAAGCACCACGUCACAGACACCGCGGGCACACAUCACCAAUGCAGCGGCAUUCGAGUGUCUGCGGGACAUUGGGCUGGAACAAACAUGUCUCGAGCAAGCCACAGAAGGCGACUGCAUGGUCCACACGCGAUGGUGUCACGACAUGACUGGGGAGGAAUACGCGCGGAUCUACUCAUGGGGCAACGACCCGAAACGACGAGCAGAAUACGAGGGCGCCAGCCCUUGCCACCACGUCGAUCUCCCGCAGACGGUGUUUGAGCCGAUUCUGGUUCAAAGAGCGGCCGCUCAGGGCUGGGACGUGAGAUUCCGCACCAGCAUUGUCGAUUUCAAAAAGGAGACCGACGGCAAGAUUCUCAGCCGCGUCCGAGAUGGCUUAACUCAGACAGAGUACCUCAUUCGCUCAAACUAUCUGUUUGGCUGUGACGGCGCCAGAAGCUUGAUUCUGAAACAAUUGAACAUACCUUUGCAGAAAAAGCCCGGCCAGGGGUUGGCCUUGAAUGUGCUUGUCAAAGUCGAUUUGAGCGACUAUGUCGAGGCCCGAAAAGGCAAUUUGCACUGGGUCUUCCAGCCCGAAAGGGAAUAUCCCGAUUUCGCAUGGAGUGGUUUGAUUAGGAUGGUCAAGCCGUGGCAUGAAUGGAUGUUCAUCCUGUUUCCCAAACCGGGCGCCGAGUGGAAGGAACCUACACACGAACAAUGGGCGCAAAGAUGCAAAGAAAUUGUCGGUCGAGAUGACCUUCCACUGGAGAUUUUGGACAUAUCAAAGUGGUACAUCAAUGAAAUCAUCGCAGAGUAUUACUCCGACGGUAACAUCUUUUGUCUCGGCGACGCGGUGCACAGACAUCCUCCAUUCAACGGGCUUGGAUCCAAUACUUGUGUUCAGGAUGCGUUCAACCUGGCGUGGAAAAUCAAAUACGUUUCUCAGGGACUCGCUGCACCGUCCCUGCUUGAGACAUUUAGUAAGGAACGUCAACCUGUCGGGCACAGCGUCAUCACUCGAGCAAACCAAGGGAUCCGCGACCACGUGCCAGUUUGGCAAGCCAUGGGAUUGAUGGAAGAGACGGUCGAACAGAGAAUGGAGAUUUUCAACAGUCUAAAAUCAGCCACGCCGGAAGCGAGAGAGCGAAGAAGGAGGGUCAACGCUGCAAUCGAAGCUACCAGCCAUGAGUUCCAUGGUCUCGGGGUGGAAAUGAACCAGAGGUACGAGUCGAAUGCGAUCUACGUCGAGGACGAGAUCAAGGCCGGCCGCACCAAGCCGGAAUGGCCCGAGGACCCCAUUUUGCAUCAUAGAGUCAGCACUUACCCUGGUCACCGGCUACCACAUGCCUGGCUAAAUAAGACGAUGCCUGUGAAAAACCAUACAUCGACCAUUGAUCUUGCUGGGCAUGGCAGGUUCUGUCUUAUCAUGGGCAUCGGUGGUGAAAGAUGGAGAGAUGCUGCACAAAAAGUCGGCCAGGAGCUCGGUGUGGAGAUCAAAGCUGAAAGUAUAGGCUGGGGCCAGCAAUGGGUGGAUGUGUAUCGGGAUUGGGAGCGGAGAAGAGAAGUUGAGGAAGAUGGCUGUGUUCUUGUACGACCUGACAGGUUCGUUGGAUGGCGCUCCAUGGCGCUCAGUGAUAACUGCGAAGAGAAAUUGAGGACUGUGAUGAAGAGCAUUCUUGGGAAACCUUGAUUUGUGGUCAUGGAGUUGCAGUGAUCGAGCAUCUGUAUGAGGUGGUGCGGCGGAGCCUUCCAGCUAACAAGGCGACCUUGAUCCGUGCUUCAAAUUGCUAAACCUUUAAGACUUUGCACUGGAAAUUCAGCUUGAAAGUGAUCAUGAGCUGAGCAAUAGAUACGCAAAAAUCAUUUUUGAUGCCAGUGCCUACAUGUUGAGCCAGAUAUAACACCAAUAAUUAAUUCCCUUCC